CUUCUUCAUUCUUGAGAAAUCAAAAUUCCCUAUUCACCUUCUUCUUCUUCUUCUUGUUCGUGAUUAACAAAAAUUCUAUUUCUUCUGUUCGCCGGAUGAUGGAUGAUCUCAGUUUCGUCUUCAAACUGAAAACCACGUCAAACACAAGCUUCAGUUCCUUGGACAACAACUUACACAUAGUAGUGUUCCCAGCCAUAUACAAUCUCUUCAUUCUGCUGAAAGGCGAGUACAAAAUGUCAAAUAGACAUUCGAAGAACCCAUCGAACCAAAAUUCAAAGUCACCCGAUCUUGACCUCUAUGUGAAAGGCGUCCAUUUUCAUCUUCACAAAGAGACUUUAGCUAAGAGAUCGGCGAAAGUGACAACAUUACUCGAGUGUAACAAGCUCCAUGAACUGCGUUGGAUCCUCAGAGACAUGGACAUCAACCCAAGUAUCUUCCACCUCGUGACUAGAUUCUGCUAUGGCUACAAAAUCGAAUUAUCAGCUGACAACAUCGUCUCUGUGCUAUGCAUUGCUUAUUACCUAGAUAUGAGUGAUGAUCAUAGCUCUAACAACUUGUUGAACAAGGCAAUAACGUUCUUGGAACAACGAGUUCUUAUGAGCUGGAGUGAGACCGUGAAAGCUCUUCGUAUCUGCAGCGAAAAGAUUCUGGACAAACUAGCUGAUGUUGGACUCAUUGAAGUUUUCUUAGAUUCUCUUGUCGAAAAGGCUCUCAACGAUACUAGGUUGCUUCAAGAUUUGAUUACAUUACCACUUCGGUUAUAUGAACCCUUGAUUCUAGAAGUGAGUAAGCACAAUGUCUCGAUAGAAAACCUUGUGGCAUCUGUCUGCAAUUACGCGAAAAGAUGGGUUUUCGAGAAAGAUUCGGGAGACGGAAGCGUUUCAAGUAACAAGAGAGAAGUAAUUGAAGCUGUUGAGAGGCUUUUGCCUCACGAAAGAGGAACAAUCUCGUGUGGAUUUCUGUUCAAAUCGCUGAAAGAAUCGAUUUUUCUUGAUGCUUGCUCUGAUUGCCGAAAAGGGUUUGAAGCUAGGAUAAGUAACCAGCUCGACAUGGCUACAGCAAAAGAUCUCCUGAUUCUGUCACCAACAGAAGAUGGAUCUUAUGACAUCGAGCUCUUGAAAAACAUUCUCAAGAGCUUCUAUAGUAACUAUAGUGUCUCGGAUCUUUCGCGGUUUGUAAGUGUAGCGAGAAUGUUGGAAGAUUUUCUGCUGGAGGCUGCUGCGAGUGAUGCUGGUUUAAGGGUAGGAACAUUCAAGGAAUUAGCAGAAAUUGCAGUUGCAGCGUCUUGUGAUGUGCUGAGUUACUCUGAUGGAAUAUACAGAGCGAUUGAUGUUUUCUUGGAGAGGCAUAGAGAUUUGAUUGAAUCAGAGAAGAUGGAAGCUUGUAGAUUUCUUGAAUGUAAGAAACUUUCGCCCGAGGCUUGUGAACAUGCUUCAAAGAACGAGAAGCUUCCAUUGCGGAUUGUUAUGCAAGUUUUGUUUGUUUCUCAGAUACAGAUUCGCGAUAAGGUGGCUAGAGAAAUGAAAGGUGUAGUAGAGGAGAAAACACAGGAUCAGGUACAUGAAGAUGAUGAAGUGGAGAGUAUGAGUAAGAAGUUGUUAAAGCUCGAGAUAGAACCUGAUUAUAGCAAGAAAAGAAAGAUUGAGAAUCUUGAAUGUGUUGUUCAUUGCGAGAAGAAGAAGACAAGCGUGUGGAGAGAAAUGAAGAGGAAGUUUGGUUGUAUGACUUCUUCUACCAUGGAUGCUUGCAAUUGUCAUAUCAAGAAGAGGAAGAAGACUUAUUAUCGCUACAAAUGACAGAUCAUCACUAUUUUGUUUUGUUAGAAUUUGCUUUUGUUCCAUUUAAAUCCUCUGUUCUGUUCUGUUUUCCUCUGUUGUUUUGUUAAAAUACUCUGUUUCUGAAUUUUUUGUUCGGUUUAGUUCGAUUUAAUGUCUGGUCUUAUACUGGUUUAGAAACAUAAAACAAAAGUUUGGAA